ACUUGCUCUUUGCCUUUGCCACCCAUUCCCGAUGUACAAUUAUAAAUGCAAGUUACCCGCAAAAUAUCAUAUUACUUUGAAUUAUAUUAGUACAUUCCCAAAAUCUUAAUAGUUCACCACGGCUAUCAAAUUAGGAAACUAUCCGGAAGGGUCGGGAACAUGCCACUUAAAAUCAUCAUCUGCGGCAGUGGCAUCGGAGGGCUUUCAGCUGCCGGAUACCUCCGUGCCAAGCAUCAUGUCACGAUCCUCGAGCGCGGCACGCUCGACUUUACAGUAAACGACUAUGGAAUGUCAAUCGUCUCCAACGCAUUCAAUCUCCUGCAAAGAGCUGGCAUCAAUCCGGGAAAUCUUGACAUGGUCGUCAUGACCCAUGUUUGGACGAGAACCCCUAGUAAUGAAGAGCUGAAGACUACCCACUUCGACACGAGGGCGAGAUUUGGAGGAGCUCCCUCCGUCUUGGUGAAGCGAGCAAAGCUGCAAGGAGAAUUGAUGCGAUUCGCUACUAGUACCGAGUUUGCCGGUGCGCCAGCUGAAGUUAUUCAGAAUGCGAAGGUAACUAAAGUCGAUACCGCCGCAGGGAAAGUAUGGACCGAAGAUGGAAGACUCUUCGAGGGCGAUUUGAUCAUCGGUGCCGACGGCAUCCACUCGGUCGUUCGCAGCGCCAUCCUCGGAGAUCAAGACAUCUCAGCAUCCAUCAAAACUUACAAUACUUUAGCAUUUAUGACACAGCUAUCUGUCGAAGAUGUCCGGUCAGACCCUGAUUUUGCUUACCUGUCUGACCCCGCAACCCAGGCUGGCCUCGCCAACGCGCACGCGAGCUCGGGUCCUGAAGUGAACAAGCACAUCCUCGCCUAUCAUACCUCGCUGAAUUCCCUACAAGUCCUCGGCUACACCUCCGAGAAGGAAUUUUCCGAACAGUUCGACUCCGCCAAAACAGCCAUCGUCAAAGACGUCCCCGCAUCCAGGGUAAUCGAGGAAUUCGAACCGGAGUUCGGCGAAGGAUUUAUCAACCUCUUCCGACAUAAUAAGAUUGACGCGUGGAGGAUCCGCGACGUAGCCGCCAUGGAUACCUGGUUCUCCGGCAAAGCGUUGCUAAUUGGAGAUGCCGCACACGCGGUAACUCCUCUCGCCGGGCAAGGAUCCAAUAUGACCAUCGAAGACGCAGAAGCUUUAGGUUAUGUUCUUCGGGACGUGGACACGCCCGACGCCAUUCCACAUAUUUUGCAGAAAUUUAUGUCGUUGCGCAAGGAUCGUGUCGAUUUAGUUAGGCGCCGCUCACAUGAGAUAGGGGGCAUAUGGGAGGAAGGGGACGAGCACAGAAAGCCAAUCACCUCAGAGGAAUUUGCGCGGAAGAUUUAUACUUAUCAGGGGGUUGAGCAAGCGUUGAGCGGACCGAAGCACCCGGGUAUGGGGUAGAAAAUACGAACGGGCAGAAUCACCAGGGGUUGAACCUCUAAGUCUAUCGUCUAUUCUAAGUAUUUGAAAAUGCUUGUUGAAGAAUAAGGCUAUCUCCUAUUCCCAUGUGCACUCCUGCACCGUGAAGCCGAAAUACGGUAGACUAUCAGAAUAGACACUACCUAUAGGCUCGACUCAUAUGUCCAUUUAAAUACAUCGAGAACGAGGUAGUUUUACAAUUCUGUCCAUCGCUAGCCCUAUCUUAAGCUACUUGUAAACCGCGUAGUUAGUAUUUCAAGUAACAUCCUCUGAGGAUCCUUGAUGUCCUUCCUGGGAUAUUUUGCAGUCCUACGUGCUUCCUUGGAAUGAUAUGGACUCAAUUGUGGAAUGUUUACUUUCUUCAUAGGUAGGUAGUUAUUGAUAUUAUAUUUUUAAC